AUGGACUUGGUGCGGGACGGCCUGAACAGCGUGGGUGAUGUGCAUGGUACCAACUUCAAGAUGAAGACGGGCUUCACACCUGACAAGGCCAACGACGCCCAGGACAAAACCUUCUUCAAUCUGAACAAUCCGACUGAGCAGGAUCGGUUUCAUUGGAACUACACAUAUGAGGCCAACAGCACACAAAACCCUCAGUACAAGUACACCUUUCCGGGUGGAACGGCGUGGCUCAGGCUCUUCAAGCCGAAGGUGCAUGCGUGGCUCGGGUUUACGAUGAACCUGAGUAGUCAUAUGCCGGACAUCACGCAAGCUCUUGCACUGACUCGUGGCUCCCGUGCUUCAGGCUUUGCAGACCUAGACCUGGACAUUGGCACAGCUGCAGACUUUGACGAAGACAGGUCGGGAUCUGCGUCAAGGACCGUCUGCAGCACUGCUCCUGAGCAGGUCUUCAUCCGUGCUUCACAACAUGCUAGACGUCUUUCCUAUUCCGAUCCUCAGCAAGCUGAAGUCUCGACCCCAGCGAUCUCACACGAUGACGCCGAAGUCGAAUCAGAGUUUCCAAGAGGACAGAUACGGCGCAGUUUAUGCGCCCCUUCACCUUUCACAUAG